CGUCGCUCGGACAGGCAGAGAGCGGAGCUCCUUCGUCCUCCCGGGAUCUCUCCCGCCCCGCAUGGCGGUCGCCGCCGCGUCCUCUCCGACGCACAAGUUCUCCCGCAACCUGAUCUCCCCAACCAAGCCCGACGCCAUGGCGUGGCCGCCGCUCUCCUUCUCCGUCGCCAGGGCGGCCAGGCCCGUCGCCUGCGGCUUCCUCCUCACCUUCGUCGCCUGCACCUUCCUCUUCGUCCUCAGCUCCUCCUCCCCCUGGCUCCCCAACCUCUCCGCCGCCUCCUCCUACAGAUCUCACUUCUCCUCCUUCCUCUCCCGCUUCCGCCGCAACCCCUCCGAAUCCCCGCCCCCGCCCCUCCUCGCCUCCUUCCCGGAGGCCUCGCCGCCGGCGAGGGACCGGCUGCUGCCCCGCGCUCGGGCCCGGGCGCCGAUCGGAGCGGGAGCGGCGCGGCGGAGGGACCGAGCGGAGCGGCAUUGGCGUCGAGAGAGGACGGCGGAGGUGCGGACGGUGAGAGCCCGUGGAGGAAGAAGAAGAAGGGGACGGAGGAGUGGGUGCAGUCGGUGAAGAAGUGCGAUGUGUACGCGGGGAGAUGGGUGAGGGACGAGUCGUAUCCGCUCUACUUGCCCGGUUCCUGUCCCCACAUCGACGAGCCUUUCGAUUGUUUCCUGAACGGGAGGCGCGAUUCCGGAUACCUCAAGUACAGAUGGCAACCGAACGAUUGCGACAUCCCCAGGUUGAGCGGUCGGAAAAUGUUGAUGUUGUUAAGGGGAAAGCGUCUCGUGUUCGUCGGCGAUUCGCUCAAUAGGAAUAUGUGGGAAUCGCUUGUGUGUAUUCUUAGAAACUCGGUCGAGGACAAGAGCAGAGUCUUUGAAGCCUCUGGAAGGCAAGAAUUCCGAGCCGAGGGCUCCUACUCAUUCAUAUUUCAGGAUUACAAUUGCUCUGUGGAAUUCUUUCAAUCACCAUUCUUGGUGCGAGAAUGGGAAACGCCUAUGGCGAAUGGAUCAAAGAGGGAGACACUUCGGCUAGAUCUCUUUGAGGGAUCAUCUGAAAAGUACAAGGAUGCAGACAUCCUUAUUUUCAACACUGGGCAUUGGUGGACUCACGAGAAAACUUCCAAGGGAAAGGAUUAUUAUCAGGAAGGCAGCCAUAUCUACAGCCAAUUGCACGUGAAAGUGGCCUUUCGGAAAGCAUUGACGACUUGGGGAAGAUGGAUAGACACCAACAUAGAUUCCUCUAAAACACUCGUUUUCUUCAGGGGCUAUUCCUAUGGCCACUUUAGAGGAGGACGCUGGAAUUCCGGUGGGCGAUGUGACCGCGAGACCGAUCCAUUCAAAGAAGAGACAUACGCAUUCAAAUAUCCUCGAAAGAUGAGAAUCUUGGAAUAUGUGAUGAAGGGUAUGAAGACACCAGUCUUCUAUCUCAAUAUAACAAGGAUUACUGGUUUGCGAAAGGAUGCACACCCAUCAAUAUACAGGAAGCCGAAUUUGACAGAAGAGGAAAGGAGAUCACCAGUGCAGGAUUGUAGCCAUUGGUGCCUGCCUGGCGUUCCUGAUACAUGGAAUGAGCUCCUAUACAGUCAGAUUCUUAUUAAGGAAAUAGAAAAGGGGUGGCAAGAAAACAGCUGAGGAAAAUAGUAUACAUAAAGGAAAACAGUGGUCUCGCCGCCUUCUUGGUUAUACCAAAUAAUUGACUUACCAUUCCUAGCUUGCUUCCACGAACCAGAUGACAGGACCAUUCACAGUUCAGCCUGAGCUCUUCUGGUGGAUAAAGAAGAUCUGUUUUUGAAAGGAAGGGACAGAAAAGGCACAUGGUCCCUGAACAUUCACGUGGUUUACUGUACCGAGUCACCCUGUUUUCACACUGGUAAAAGGGUGAUGAAGAUGAGAUAAGAUUUCAGAUCUCCUAGUUGUGAUCUUUGUAGAGACGAGGCAAAAUUUCUUGCUAACUGUAUUCAUUCUGUAUAACGCCCCUUAGUUUGCUUCCUUCAAUGUGGAAUUUGAUCAGAAUCUAGUAGAUUGGCUGUGCUCGUCUUAUUCA